AUGCUCUCCAAAUACUUCGCUCUUUUUGCCGCCUUCGCUGCCUUCACCCCUGCAUUUGCAGCCCCCGUUCCUGAAACACUAGUCGACGCGGUUGUCGCUGUUACCAACGAUGUCAACAACCUGAACGUCAAUGCGCUGACAAAACGCGCUGAUGCAGUGAAUUCCGGACUCUUCGACGAAGUGAUCAAAAGGCUCGAAUUCACAGAACGAGACAGCGGAUGUGGCCUCGCGGAUGUAGACGUUAUCGUCAGCAACGUACUUAACAAUGUUACAAUCAAUAUCUUGAAGCGUGAUGACUGCGAUGUUGUCGGAGUUACUGCUGCGGCCGUUGAUAUAUUGAACAACCUCAACGUCAAUGUUCUCACCAAGCGUGAAGUCACAAGUUCACAGGUCGCGAGCGCUGUUCAAGCCGCAGCGCAAAACCAGGGUAUUACCUUGGCAUCGCGCUCUGAUCUGGACGACGCAGCGGCUGUAAAUGAAAUCCUCAGACGGUACGAGGGCAUUGCUGCGCGGGCUAAGGGGUCUCCCUAUAGUCAAGCCCAAAUUGUCGACGCAAUUAUGCAAGCCAUGCAAGCAUACGGUGGUUCGAGCUCGCGUCGCCGAGGCACGACUCCUGAUGUCCGAGCCGUUACCGAAGAUCUUCUUAGUAAAGUCUAUGGCACUAAACGCGCCAAUGUCAUCAGCGCUCAGGUCUUUGAGAAUGAUCCAAAUACUGCGAAGGGCAACGUUAUCAGCGGACAUUGA